AUGCAACGAAAAGGCGAUCGAAUGCCUGAAGAACAUAAAAAAUGGCAAUUCCUGGCCGUUGCGGAUCCGAAGCAUGCCUCUCAAUCGUUGAUCAGGUGCGCGGCGAGCCGCCUCCUGCCCAUUUCCCUUCGACACCGGCACGUGCACGGCUUCGUCGGAUUGACAACGCUGCACGCCUCGAUACCAUGCCCGCCAAGACCAGCACCGCGGUGGCGACCUAUUGGCGGUCGUGGCAUUGCUCCAGGACUUCACAGG